AUGGAGGGCCACGAACAAGGCCCGGUUACGGAACUCAUCGAAGCGUCCCAAGUCCGUUUUCAACAAGGAAAAUAUCAAGAAGCAAGGGAGGAUUGGGAAAGAGCAUUGGAGAUGCUGAGGAUCGACUUAGGUGACGACCAUCUUUCUAUUGCCUGUGCACUUCACGAGAUUGGAUCGAUCCUGAUUAUUGAAGAAGAAGCGGAUGAAGCCUUGGAGAAAUUCAAUAGAGCACUUGCAAUACAAGUGGAACGUUUGGGAAGACACAGUGAAACGGCCCAAACCUACAUGCUCAUUGGCUGUAUCUUGGAGGACCGAGACGGCCAAAAGGCAGAAGAAAUGUUCCAGAAAGCUCUGGAAAUCAUCCUCGAACUUCUGCCAAAUGAUCAUCAUGAAGUGUCUCAACUCUAUUUUUUUUUGGUGCGGUCAAUGCUAAAGCAAGAUCACCCCGGCGUUGUCAAUGUAUAUAGUGGCAUUACAAACUUGCUGAGAAGUCAACAUCGGUUGGACGAUGCUCUUCAGAUGAUUGAUAGAGCCAUCGAAGUUUGCAAUCGACUAGGAAACUCCGACAUGGAUUUAUUGGGGAAAACGCUCUACAUCAAAGCCGACAUACUAAGAGAAAAGGGCAACUUGGUAGCUGAAACGGAGGCGCUAAACAAAAGGCUAAAAGUCCACAUCAAAACGGUAGGUGAAAUGCACAUCACAACAGCCUGGGUGUAUGACCAGAUUGGGCGAGCAUACGUCAAACAAGAAAUGGUAGAAGAUGCCAUCAAUGCGUACUCGAAAGCCAUGAAUAUUCGAAAGGAGCUUGGCAGUGAUCAUUCCAAGAUAAAAAAGCUUGAGGUCGACCUCGAAUGGUUGAAGUAUGGGAGACAAUUCAAAGCAUUUGAGCUAGAGCGCGACACAAAAAUAGCCAUACUGAAUGAAGAGGGAUUGGCAAGGAAAGUGGAAGGCGAUUCGGAAAAGGCUGUACAACUCUUCCAAGAGGCGCUGGAUAUGUACAAGGAAACUUCUAGUACUGUUACUCCUACCCUGGCAAACUUGUACG